UUUGCUCUACUCCAUUACAUUUUUAGGUUCCUAACAUGCCAUUUUUCAUUUCUUUUUCAGCUUUUCAUUUAUUCUUCAUUGUUUCAUUAUGUAUAUACUUCACUGGAGUUGCAGCACAGAAAGGUUGCCCUGCUAGAAAGAUUCCUGAACUUCAAAAUGCUGAAAACCGUUCAGAUUUGAAGGACCAGUACAUUCACGCAGAAUCUGUGCGAUUCGCUUGUAACACUGGCUUUGUGGGUUUUUUUCGAGUAACAUGCAGAGAUGGCGUUUGGUCAAAAAGCGGACGGUGCCAAGCAAAGCAGUGUGGCCACCCUGGGGAUACAUUAAAUGGGGACUUCACGCUUAUAGUUGGAGACGACUUUGUAUUUGGAUCAUCGGUUCAAUACACUUGCAGAAAAGGGUACACGAUGGCGAGCAGGAUAAGUCAUCGCACGUGCCUCCUCAUUGGAUGGGAUAAUAUUGUGCCUUUUUGUGAAGUGGUGAAAUGUGAGCCACUGAAUCCAUCUGAGCAACUGGAUGUAUCGGGAAAUUUUGAAGCUCCCCAGUAUAGUGAUGUGGUAGAAUUUGAAUGCAACUCUCCUGCAGAGAAACUCAAUGGACCAAGACAGAUAUAUUGCACUGACACUGGUGAUUGGAGCGGACAAAUCCCAACAUGCCAAGAAAUAACAUGCACACGCCCGGAAAUACCAAACAGUAUACCCGACGGUAAGAACAACGUAUAUAAGAAAGACGACAUUAUAAGAUUUCAAUGUGUGGAAAACUACAAUGCUGUUGGAAGUGGGAUUGCCAGGUGCAGCAGAGACGGUUGGACCAUGUCAGUCCGUUGUGAAGAAUUCACAUGUAAAGUACCCGAUGGACAGUUUUUGAACUUUACCUCAUUCCAUGCCACUGAAUAUAAAGUUGGUGAAAAGGUUAAUUAUGUCUGUUUGGAAAAAUAUAAAAAACGAGAACCAUUUGCCACAUGCACACUGAACAACUGGAGACCACAAACAAUGUGUGAAGAAAUCAUUUGCAAGAGGAUUCCAAAUAGUUACUAUGCUAGGCAUAUACAUGCUGGGUGGUCCCCCUAUAAUUGGCCACACCGCAUUACGUAUGGACAAUAUAACUAUUACUGUAAUAAAGGAUUUAAAGAAACACAACCUACAGCAACUUGUACAGCACAUGGGUGGGCUCCAGAAAAUCCCUGUGAAGCGAAAUGUGAUAUACCUAAUUUAAGCAAUGGAUACAUGGUCCUUACAAAAGAUGAAUCUGCCAUUUCAUAUACAUGUGUGGAGCGUUAUAAGCCCAAAACAGAAGGAUGGUGGGACUACAUAACAUGUACAAAUGGAAAAUGGUCUGAUACUCCACAAUGUAUUGCUAAUAACAGCUGCAGGGCUCUGCCUGUGGUUUAUAAUACGACACACAAGAAUGAGUAUUCAGUUGGGGCAAAGGUUGAAAUUCAAUGUUAUUUGGGGAAAAUCUCUAAAUGCAUCGAUGUAAAAUUGGAAUGCACCGAGAACUGCACAAGAUCCAAUGAUGAAAGAAAAGGCAGCAUGGAUGAGGAUGGAGGCACUUGUGAAGCUGAAUGCCAGACUGAUUACUCAGCAACAUGCAGAGAUGGAGAGUGGACCUUUCCGCCGUGUUCUGAUAAAGUGAAAGAUUCACCCUGUGACAUGGUCCAGGAUGGGCAGUUGGAAAAUGAAGAACUGAAGAAAAGCAUCGCAAAACAAAUAAAAUAAAGUUUCCAUAACUGUGUAAUGAUAUCCUUGUUUUAUUUUUUUGUGAUCUACAGUACAAUUGCCAUUUCUAAUAAUCUCAGAAUCAUGUUUUACUGAUUAAAGGAAAUGUGUUUAUAAAGAGUGGUCUUUUAAUAGGCCAAUUUUGCAAUGUGACUAAUUCCAGUUACAAAAAAGUACCUUAUAUGUAAUGAUCAGACAGAGAAGAUCCAAGUGCAGGAGGUGUGGAUCUUUAAUUCGGAAGUUCAAAUCGAAAUCAGAGAGAGGCGGGGCCAGAACCAGGGCAGAGACCCAAGACGAUACGAACACAUAAUCCAAAGGGGAGAAUGCAGGUAUGUAUAGCCAAUGGGUCAGUAAUAAGGCAAUCAAUGAUGCAGCCAAAACCAGGAAAACACACGGGCAAGAAUCUUAAGUCCAGAGACCUGUAUCACAGAGUUGGCACAUAAAAGCACGACAUAUGCGACAAUCAGCCAAUCACUUAAGCAAGGAUUGCAGCACGGUUAUGUAUUUCAAUGCAGUGGAACAGAGUUAUGGUAAAGAACAAAGUAUUCUGAAGUAUAAUAAUGGUGAAGACCAACACCGUACCUGCCACCAGAGAUAGAAAGGCAUGAUGCAACAGAUUGCUGACAGUGGAAAUGUACAGUUUGACUGUCAUUAAGAUAAUUAUCUUUAUUUCCAAACAUGUUCUUUGUGGUUUUUGUAAUUAUUCUUGUUUUUUGAAUGCAAGUUUGUUAUUCAUUA